AUGGCUGUCCUCAGCUGGCCCUCGCGCGAUCGUCCUCUGGCCCUCUUCAGCUCCGAGGCUGUGAUGUGGGCCGCGUGUCGCCGAUCGGGCUGGCGGCUUCCUCUGACGCCUCUGCCAGCGAGGCUCCGCUGCCGGCGUGCCCCCUUGCCCUCUCUCCCAGCCAGCCAUGCGGACCGUCGGCUCCAGACCAGAGGGGUGUCAGUCUGCGAGCAGCGCGCGCUGGCCCCCCAGCGGGCCGGCGCGCCGCCCAUGGCGGCCUACCGACCGGGGCAGGGGCUGACGUCCGGCACGGCGGAGAAGCUGCGGGCGAGGCAGCGCGCGGCGGAGAAGUGCGAGGUCUGCGGGGAGAGGGUGGAGGAGGCGGGCCUCAACUGCGCCUCGGUCGACGACUCGCGCCAGUGGAAGGGCCUGCUCGGCGAGGGCACGGGCGCGAGGAAGAAGGCCCGCUGCGGCGAGUGCACGAGGCCCCUGCCCGAGGACCACGACCCUGCGCUGGGGGCCUUCUGCGCGGCCUGCGCGCCGAGGUGCGCCGCCCUGCUCGACGCGGGCCGGCGCCGGGAGGAGCGGGUCGAGCCCGAGGCGGCGCCGGCGGAGCCAGAGGAGGAGAUGCAGUUCGGCCAUCUGAUCCGCCCUGGCAUCUGCGGCAGGUGCCGCGAGGAGCGGCGCCGCCGCGGCGCGGAGGAGGCCCGGGCGAAGCGGGAGGAGCGCGAGCAGGAGCGGGAGCUGGCGCUGGAGGAGGGCCUGCUCCCAUCGGGACGUCUGGAGCUCUCCCUCGCCGAGCGGCCCUUUGGGAUGACGGCCUCCAAGGCGGAGGGCGUCGGCUACCUCGUGGCCAAGGUGUCCGACGGGAAGCCCGCGGCAAAGGCUGGCGUGCGGCCCGGCAUGCGCGUCGCCGAGGUGGCCGGCACCUCCUGCGGCGGCCUGGACAUGGAGUCCGUCCAGGCGCUGCUGAAGGGCGCGGCGCUGCCGGUUCCCGUCGCGUUCGAGGCGGUGCCAGAGAACGGCGACUUCUGCACCCGCGUGCUGGUGUGGGCGCAGUUCUCCAGGAAGAUGCGCACCAGGCCGCCGGACAAGCGCCGGUGCGCGGCCUGCGUGGAGGCUGGCGGCGGGGAGUGA